AGGGGAGACAGCUGAUGUCUAUUCGUCUCAACAGCGCAAAGUUUUUGGGAAAAUAGUUCAAAACUUUUUAGUGUUUGUGCUUUGCAUAUUUUUUUUGCAAUCUUUAUUUUGUUGUGUAGUGUGCAAACCGCAAGGGCCAGUUGUUUUGGAAACCUACUACCAUUCCUGUCUAUUUUUCUCUUCGUCUUUCCUAUUUUCACCCAAAGUAGUGCAUUUUGACUUUUCAAAAUUGUGAUCUUGUUAUCAUAGUCACUUUGAAUAGUCACAGUUCACUAUUCUAAAUGGGGAAGAGGAAGUAAAUAAAUGGUUAGGAAUGGAUAGAUAUCUCUCUAAUGUAUAACACUCCAAAUUAACGAAGAAUGUAAUGUCAGUUGAUUCAUUCCACCGUUCAUAACCGGUGUAUUUUGCAACGUGGGAUUAAUGAAUAGGAGGAGACACUCCUUCAGGGAUUGGGUGAUAUGCAAGAUAAUGAAUCAAAGAAAAAGAAAAAGACUGCAGAAAUUCUCCAAGCCUUAAACAGGUCUCCGGUGGAUGUGGCUGCUUUGAGGAGAAUGGCAAUCAGUGAAGGUGGUCUUCUGACAGAUGAAAUCCGCUGCAAAGUAUGGCCAAAGCUCCUUAAUGUGAAUACGUGUGAUCUACGGCCUAAACCAGGACCAGAACUCCGAGAGAACAACAAAGACCAUCAACAGGUGCGACUUGAUGUGCAGCGAUCAUUACGCCGCUUUCCACCCGGAAUGCCGGACGCAGAGAGAGAGGAACUGCAAGAAGAGCUGAUUGACAGUAUCUUGGAGGUACUAAAGAAACAUCCCCAGCUUCAUUAUUACCAGGGUUACCAUGACAUAGUGGUCACCUUCCUUUUGGUUGUCGGUGAGAGAAUGGCAACAGCUCUAGUGGAAAAACUUUCUACACAUCAUCUCAGGGAUUUUAUGGACCCAACCAUGGACAACACAAAACACAUUUUAAAUUACCUUAUGCCAAUAAUAGAGAAGGUUAACCCAGAAGUCCAUGAUUUCAUGCAAAGAGCUGAAGUUGGUACUAUUUUUGCCUUGAGCUGGCUAAUAACUUGGUUUGGUCACGUGCUUUCAGAUUUCCGGCACGUAGUUCGGUUAUACGACUUCUUCCUGGCGUGUCAUCCUCUAAUGCCAAUCUAUUUUGCUGCAGUGAUUGUAUUGUACCGAGGGCAUGAAGUCCUGGAGAGUGAAUGUGACAUGGCUGCUGUUCACCAUCUGCUGUCCCAGAUCCCACAGGACCUUCCAUAUGAGACUCUGAUCAGCCGUGCUGGUGAUCUCUUUGUCCAGUUUCCUCCGUCCGAACUUUCUAGAGAGGUUGCCCAGAAGGAAAGCACUGCCGCUUCGACCUUCAAAGACUUUGAACUGGUGUCGGCUCAGCAACAUCCCGAUACGGUGCUUCGAAGGCGAUUUAAAGACCAAGUGCAGCCAGCACCCACAACGAGUACUAUUGUGGCAAUAACGAGGACCAGGAGGUUGAUAAAGCUGGCGGUGAUGGGCCUGACUGUAGCACUGGGGGCAGCAGCUUAUGCAGUGGUCAACAGUGCAUUGGAAUGGGCACCAAAAUUUGAACUGCAACUAUUUCCAUGAAAGGGAAAGGUGUUCUUAGCCACUUUACAAAGCCCCAAUCAUGUACUGGGUAAGGGGCGUGAUUUUUAGUUGUCAUUGCCUUUUAGUUACGAGUACAUCACUAAAGACUGGAGCGUCUUAUUCCAUGUAUUCAUUUAUGCAUAGGACUAGAUUGAACACUGAUUUUAUAUUUUGACUGCCAUUUUGUGCAAGAAUUGUACCAAUGUUAACAUAGCAAUAUAUUGCAGAAUAUCAAUUUUGCCAUCAAAAUCUUGGGCUAUGACGUUGAAAAUAUACUGCCUCAAUGUGGUUAUCUCAUUUCAUUCUAACAUGGCACAUUGCUAAUCUUAUUUAAGUUAUUGAGGGAAGGAGGCAAUUGUGGGGCAAUGGAUGUGUGAUGAUAUUCCAGGGAGCAAAUUAUUGAGUUAAUUACUGAAUUAAUAUCUGUUCCUUAAACUAAAAUGUAGAGCGUUUGGAAAACCAUAUGGUAAAACAGAGAAAGGAUUGCAUUGAUUAUGUGCAAAAAUUAAAUAAUUUCGGCAGCAUGCAUCACCCAGAUGACAAGAAGUCUUGCAUCUUUAACACUUGUGAAGCUGUACCACUUGUUACACAAUUACAUUUAGAGACAGCGAGUAGAACAUUAGUUUAGAAGCUCUGUUUGUACCAUAAGAUUAGAGGAGAGCAGGCCUAGCGCCAUCUCAGAAAGUUGUUAAACUCUGCCUUGUUGUAUGAUCAUUCCCCUGGCAAGAGCAGCUUCUAGUCAAAUUAUGUAGAGCUGAACAUGGCAGAUUUUGAAUUCAGAUUUCUUCAGUUUGCAAAUCUCUUGUCAGGUUGGCAGUGGGGGGCAUUUGGCUUGCGCUUUCUGCUGCGCUGUUUCCAAUGGGAAAACAGGUUAGGCUGAGUUGCAAAAAGAUAGACACAAAAUGCUAGAGUAACUCAGUGGGUCAGGCAGCAUCUUGGGAGAAAAUGGAUAGGCGACGUUUCCGGGCGGGACCUUUCCUCAGUCUGAAGAAGAGCAGCUAUCAAUGUUCUUCAGAGAUGCUGCGUGACCCGCUAAGUUACUCCAACAUUUUGUAUCUAUCUUCGGUAUAAAUCAGCUGCUGCAGCUCAGUUUUAUUACAUUUUGGCUGUGCUACCCUCUCUUCCUUGAUUAGCCUAUCGUCAUGGACUGUCUGCAAUCAUGGAUAAAGAAUAAUCACUUUAGUCAUAAUUAACUUGACUACACUCCACAGCAUGUGUCAACACCUUGAAGAAAGGGGGAAUAAAUGGGUAGUUGGAGAUAAAAUGCAUGUCUUUUAGUGGUAGAUUACUGGCCAGAUGGCCAGCCCAGUUCUUCACUCGGCCUUUCCAUGUGGGUAGCACUGGUGUUAAAUUGGUGCAGCGGAGAUACUGUGCAGAGUUCUAGGCUUUGGUUCUGUGACCACGCCAUUACACAAGGAGGAUGAACAUGACAUGCCAGUGAUCUGCUGGAGCCCCAUUCUCUCAGGGUAGUUAUACAUUCUCUCUCAAUUUUCUCAUUCAACUCAUUCAAUUCUCAUUCAAUCCUCCAAAUUGCCCUGCCUUUAGCAAUGCUUAUCUGCACCACUGACUAGAUACCUCAACUGCGAUCUGCAGGAUGUUUUUUUUAUUCUGCUACCUAGAACAUGCCUGUAUCACAAACCAAACAAUCAUUUUAAAUAAAGGCAAAAACACAGGCUAAUCCAUCACUUUAAUAACACUUAUAUCACUGUUGGUUUAAUUUUAACUUUGUAAAUAUACAGCAGAACAUUAGAUCUAAAAUGUUGUUAGUGGGAUCUGUUCAACAAUUGUGACAUGUAGGCUACAAGUCAACUGUUUAAUUAAUACACUUCAAUUACAAGCAGCUAAUAUAUUUUAACUAGCAUAUUGCAGCCUUAAUAUUGGUGACAGUAGGCACACUAAUCUCACUGGAAGUGUUUGUGACGUCUCGCUAGCCCUUAUGAGGCUAUAUUGCUUGAGAAUUUGGUAUGAAAGAAUUAUGUUCAUGACAUAUUGUUGGCUUUGAAAUGCGACAUACAAAUCUUUAAACCGUUUCAUUUUGUCAUUACAAGAUUUCGCUAAUUUUGUGAAGGUACCCAAUGUGAUUAACAUGUGGAAUUAAUGAUGGUUAAAAAAGCUAUUACUUGCAUUAUUCUGUUUUUAUUUUAUUUCCUGUUUACUUCUCAUUCUUAUUGUCACUUUUUGUCGGGCUUGAAUUCUGACCUUGGUGUUUUCUUAUCUACAUUACAACCUGCUGCUUUCUUGAGGUGCUAUUCUUCUCCUUUGUGGGAGGAAAGAACCUUUUUAUUUUUCUCUCCUGGAGUAUAGGUUCCAUUGGCAAAACCUGUGUAGCUGGGACAUGUUGGCCGGUGUGGGCAAGUUGUGCCGAAGGGCCUGUUUCCACGCUGUCACUAUGACUCCAUGGUGUUUGUUUCCCAUCCCUGUGUUCCUGGAGAAGGUGGUGGUGAGCUAUUGUCAUGAGCUGCUCCUAGACUGCUGCAGAUGUCUACAACAGACCGUCUAGGACAGCGUUCCUCAACCGGGGUUCCCUGGAACACCAGCAUGGUUAGAAACAUAGAGAAAUAAAGGACUGCAGAUUUUUUUAACCAAAGAUAGACACAAAAUGCUGAAGUAACUCAGCGGGUCAGGCAGCAUCUGUUCUGACCCGAAACUUCACCUAUCCAUUUUCUCCAAAGAUGCUGUCCGACCCGCUGAGUUACUCCAGCACUUUGUACCCUUUUGUGUAUUAACCUGCAUCUGCAGUUCCUGGUUUCUGCAUUGUUAUGUAACCUGCCAGAUCUCUGACUAACAGAGCAAGCUCAAAUGUUGUAUCUUGCUGCACUGUAACUGUUUCAUACAUUGUUAUCUAAUCUGCAGAAUUCUUUCUACUUCUGCCAUCAUCUGUUUUUCUAUGUCUAUUUGUUCUUUCAGAUUUCAUCCUUCACUGAAGUUGGCUUCAUGGGGCAGGGCUUUGUGACUAUUUAAGGAACUGCAAAUGCAGAUUUACAAAAAAAUGACAAAGUGUUGGAGUAACUCAGUAGGUCAAGCAGCAUCUCUGGAGAACAUGGAUAGGUGACGUUUCGGGUGUCUCCAUAGAUUCUGCCUGACCUGCUGAGUUAUUCCAGCACUUUGUGUCUUUUUAUGGUUAGAAACAUUAUAUUUUUAUCAGAUCUGUUUGUCUGACCCUGCUCUUGCAUUCCCCACAUUACAACAGUGACUCUUCAUUGAUUGCAAAGGGCUUUGGGCAUUCUAAAAGGUGCUAUUGUCUGUAUUUCUUAAUUCAACAAAGCGUUACCAACCACUAAUGCAGAAUUACUUUGCAGUAUAAAUUUUGAGUACAAAGAAGAAGCCAUUAGCUGAGCAGGUGUUCCCCUCUCCCGUUGGUCAAUCUGCCAUGAAACCAGAUGCAAAGGUUUAUGAUAUUAGCUCCUUGGUAAUGUUUAAUAAGGAACUAAGUCUAAUAAAGCUCUCCUAUUGAGAUCA